AUGAAGAAAAAUUGGGCUGACCUCAUCUGGGGUCACGAUGAGGAGGACGGAAAAGAGAACUUAAUAUCCUCGGACGAAAAAGAAGAACUUCGCGUCCUCUAUCGCUACUGUAAUCCGAAGCUGAGCGCUUUUGUGGCGGCGAGGAUGAUAAAAAAAGAGGAGGAGAGCCGCAUAGCUUUGCAAACUUUGCACAUCGCCGCCUUGGAAAAGGAGAAGGAGAAGCGAAUAGAAAAUGGCAUGCACUUGUUAAGCUGCAGCGGCGUGAACGAUGAAGAAAGACAACGGAUAGCCGAUGAGACUGAGGAAGAGACGAAGCGCAUCCAAGAGGAGAUUGAAGAAAACGUGCAGAAGCUAGAACAGAUUAAACAUCGUAAAGAACAAGAUGAUCAUGAUUCGGCUAUUACGGCGGAGGCGGUAGAGGUAGAUGGAGUAGCUUCCCCUAAGGAAUUCUGGAAGAAGCACAUGAAAGACAAAGGCAGUGGCCGCGCAAGGUUUGAGUACCAUUGUGCGCACGCAUUGGCGUGGUACCAAAUCCGUUCCUCUCACAGCGAUAUCGUUACGAGAUUCGCCACGGGGCGAUCGAUUUUUUCAUCUGAAGGAGGGCACAAUCUAGAUCCCGUGAUAAACGUACUCGGCACACACCUGCUAGAAGGGCCAAAAUGCCUCGGGAUGAGUGUCCUUUUCAAGGGCAUCAUGGAUGCGAUGUUUCAGAGGAAAGUGCUAAGAGUCAGAACCGAAGUAAACUCAGAUCAAAACCAUGUCUGGACUCACGUUUACUUCAACAUUUUUUUUUGCGAUUUUUCAGAAGUCCAGGACCAUCUUCAGCGAGAACAGAGUGAACACCCUCAAGUAGCUCCUGCACCCCAAGGCGAGCUUCCUGGAUGCAGCGCCAUCAAAUGGGGAUCUUCAUUUGGUUGCGUUCUAGUACAAGCAUGGAGAUCGGUGGGAUUCGAUACUGGACGACUGUGGUCUCCUUCAUUUUUUGGUAGUCGUCAAGAGUUUCUGGCACACUCUUCUGGGGUAGUUGUACAGCAAGGGCAACCCUCUGCCCUACUCCAAGGCUCAUCUUCUGAGAGGACUACUUCUCACGGAGGUCGCGGAGUAGAACCUCCACGCUCAAGUGGUUCCGAGACCCACCAGAAGGAGGAGGAGAAGGAAAGACAAUCCCACCAGAAGGACAAGGGGGAGGAAAGACAAUCUCACCGCCAGAGCGAGAUGAUGGAGAAGGAAAGACAAUCCCACCAGAAGGAGAAGGGGGAGGAAAGACAAUUCAUUGUGGACAUUGCUCAGCUUCUACUAGGAAACUUGGAGAAUAAAGUUGAGCUUUCCCAGUGCUCGUCUCCGUUGGAGCAUUCUACAUUGACGCCGCACAGAGCCGAAGUUGCCGAAUGGUACACCAAAGCACUUUCAGAGAACUGUGCUUUAUCUGUUGUUACUGAUGAACCAGGGAAAUGUUGUGCUGAGGAGUUCCAUCAAGGUGAAGGGGGCGCAAGUGGGCAAGAAGCGGCUCGAUACAUACAGGACGCGGAAAACAAAUGCGUCAGAAACUGUAGCAUUAUUACCUCCAAAGAAGGUGAAGCGGGAGGGCCUGCUCCUGUAGAUGAGUCCUCGUCCUGCUGUGAUAAUUACGUGACGCUAAGAGUGGAGGAUAAUGAUUAUCAAGGAAUCCCUUUCGUAACGCAUCCAGAGGAAUCGCUAUCCGUAGAGUGGAUCUCCAAGAUGAUAUCUAUUGGCGUGUUAUCAUAAGGCUGAUGCUUUUUAGUAUGAUUUUUACACACUUUAUCUUUACUCUGAAAACAUAUAAAUCAGUAAUGUAGUAGUUUGAAUAAAAGAUCGCUUGAUCAUUCUUAGGUCGGUUAACUUAAUUAGUUUUUCUAAGUUUCUCCGAUUCUACAGCUUUCAGUAUUGAUUCGUCCGGUGUCUGAAAGCCGACUGGAAAGUCCUUCACUGCAUCCUAUCGAUCGACUACUUGGUAAUUGUGAUUUUCUUUUAGUUCUCAGGAUAAGGAUCCCAAAUUAUUUAUACAUUGUGUGAUAUUCCAGUUUAUCUGUGGGUGAAUAUGUGACGUUCUUUCCGCUAAGCAUCCCCUUAUAAUUUUGCCUAUACCUUGAAAAUCCCUAGGGAUUAGUACGGUGUGACAGCCAGUUCUGGAAGUAUCUGCUUACUGAAAUGAAAAUAACGAUCGAAAAUUUCUAGUUGAAUAUUCGGUCAUACUGAUAGUGAAGUAUGAAGUUCUGACAGUUAUGUUCGUAAAAAAUGUGCGGGAAGUAAGGAAUAGAAUUUUAUUUACUUAGCUAUGUAUGUUGCUUGUGCUAUGGUGGUUCGUGGGGUGUCAACGGUGUAAAAAGGUUGUCUGAAGAUGAUCGUGAUGAUGGUAAGGUACCCGUGCAGUUCUCUUUUGCGGUCCUCUGCCGAAAAUGGUGUGUCAUCGGGCUGUCCUUGCUGUGGUGUAUGGUCUGAAAGUCGUUCUUGUACUUGAUAGUCUUAUACUACAUUUAUCUUAUUAUAACCACUACUACUACGACUACUACUAGAAGAAGUACUACCACUAAUUUGGGUUUACUAGUACUACUAGUACUUCUACUACCACUACUAACUGUUGUCGCCCGUAAUCACUGUUUUAUCCUCGUUUUGCAAUGGUUGAAGGACAGACCUUCCUCACGAUGUCGCCCAUCCCCUCACCCAUAAACAGGAGAAAUAGAGAUUCGGGCUCUAUUGUUAUGGAAGAUGUGAAGAACAAUCUAUCAAAAUCAUUCUUCCUUGUUCGUUUUGGUUCUCCCGAUUCCUCUAUCUUUGAAAUUAUGACGUAGUUGGACUUCUUACAACAAGGAUCGUUGUCCGUUUUGAUCUACCCUCUUGCUGGGUGAUCUAGAAAACUUUUACUUCUCCAACGUCGCGAAGCUACACGAGAAGCAUAAACAUUUUCCUGUACGGUGAUCCGGAGCAAGAAAGGCUUCAAACGUUCUUGAAUGUUGAACCUUUACUUC